AUGCGCGAAUAUUCAGAUAUUCUUACGUUCGUGCAAGUAUGAUACAAAAAUCCGCGUUGCUCGUAGGCAGUGUUACUGUAUAACCGGCACCGUAGUAUUUCCGCGUUGAAUGCCAAAAACGAGUUCUGUGGAUGACUGCGCUUUCGCUGUAACCGUCUAUAUAUAAAAACCAGCUCGUAGUCUUUAGUGACAUUGUUGUCUCCGCCGCUAUCCCACGUGUUGCAGGAGAGAAAAAUACAUUGCAGAAUCCCGCCACAGCGCGAGCGAGCGAGCGAGCGAACUGCAUCGACAGCUUGAAGUCAUCGCUGUCACAGCAAUAUAUUACGACCCUGUAGUAUUUACCUACAGCAGUUCACCUCUCCCAUUCUUUUUCAAAGGCUAUACAAUGAGCGAAUACUUCUCGCUGUCGGAGUGUGAUGUAAUUGGCUUUGAUUUGGACCACACGCUCUGUCGAUACAAUUUGAAGGAGACCUCCAGGCUGAUCUAUGAGAGUUUUGCACGGUAUCUGGUGGAACACAAGGGCUAUGAUAAAGACCUGCUUUAUUUAACACCUGCUACUUGGGAUUUCUGUUUUAAAGGUCUUGUGGUGGACCUUGAGGAGGGCAACCUGGUCAAGUUGGCAGAAGAUGGUACUGUCUUGCGAGCAACUCAUGGCACUAAAAACCUCAGUACUGAUGACAUCAUUAAGCAUUAUGGUCCAAAAAGAGAAUGGACGCAUUUUAAUAGCCUCAAUACCUCGUACACACGAUCUGCAAAGUACUAUUUUUAUGACAACUAUUUUGACCUCCCUGGUGCUCUUCUCUGUGCCAGAGUGGUGGAUAUGUUGAAUAAGCGAGGAGCUGAAAUCACAUCUGACUUUUGGAAAGAUAUUGUUGCUGCCAUUGACCAUAACUACAACACAUCUGCAUUUCGGGAGGACACAGGGACGUAUUUCCCCAGCGUGAAGCGCUGUCCUGGCCGUUACCUGCAGCCCUGCUCAGACUCAGUGAAGAGAUGGCUGAGGAGCAUGAAGAACAGCGGUAAAAUCCUGCUGCUCAUCACCAGCUCACACUCUGACUACUGCCGGCUCGUGUGUGAGCACAUACUCGGGUCAGACUUCGAGGAGCUGUUUGACAUCAUCAUCACAAAUGCUCUGAAGCCUGGCUUCUUCUCUUUGGUUCCACAGCAGAGACCCUUCAGAACACUGGUGGAUGAUGUUGAAGAUAGUGAAGGACUGCCGUCUCUGGAAAAGCCUGGUUGGUAUUCUCAGGGCAACUGGCCUCAUCUUCAUGAACUACUGAAGACCAUGACCAGCAAAACAGAGCCCAAGGUGGUGUAUUUCGGUGACAGUAUGCGCUCUGACAUGUUCCCGGCCUGCAGCUUUGGAAAGUGGGAGACGGUGAUGAUUGUGGAGGAGAUGGAGGGGGAAGGCGUUCCACGAGCUAACGCGACCCCCAGUAACAGCCCCACCCCAACUGAAGGCCCCGCAGAGAAAAAGGGCAAGUUCGAGGAUCAAGGAAUGAAAUCUCCUUCAGCUGUAUCAAACCAAUGGGGCUCAUAUUUUGUGGAUGUGCAAAAGAGUGAAGGAGAGGAAACACAGAGGCUCACUUGGUGUUGCCACAGUAUCCACACAUACAGCACCAUGGCUAUACCCAGCAUCGAGGCUAUAGCAGAUCUUCCUCUAGACUUUAAGUUCCAGAGAUUCUCUUUGGAUAAGCCCAUCACGACAGGUUAUUACCCCAGGCCUCCAGACUCACUGCUGAAAAGGGAAGAGAACUAGCCCUGAACCCUCACGCCUGUCAGUGUAGACCAAGAGAUUGUUUCACCGUUGCGUUCUGGAGCUUCACCACAAAGCUAGACCAUCCAUUCGUCCAAUCAGUGGAAAAAAAAAAUGUGAAUGUAACUCCCAGAGUACUGUCUGUGUAUUUUCUUGUCACCCCUUCCUGAAUCACUACAUCAUACACGGUAUGAAGUUGUGUCUGUACACAUGCUGAAUAUCUGUACGUUGAUCAUUGGAUGUUGGAGGAAGUGAUGUGAAUCGUGUCUCACCCAGCAUUGUGGACCCACUACCAUUAAACUACUUUUAAUGGUGUACAGAGAAAAAAAAACAUGCUAUGUGUGUUUUUUUUGUUUUGUUUUGUUUUGUUUUUAUGAAGGGAAUGUUAUUUGACCUCAGAUGACCUCGGAUUUAUUCUUGCAGCUGUUGUAAAGGCACAAAUUAUUUUAUAUUCAUGCAAUCAAGAAGCAGCCAUGAGUUCUUUGCUCUUUUUAUGACCGGGUAAUGUUUUGAGAGGGUUGUAACCUGAAGGUUUUGUAACCGGUUCAGGCUGGGACGGUUUAUUAUAGAAUAAUGUAGUUUGUUUUACUUUCCAUCGUGUGAUUUAUGAUUUCAAUACUUUAGUUUACUGUAGCUUACUGUGUUCUGCAGACGUUUCUGUGACAAAUGGAGAAAUGGACGUCAUACUUCCAAGCGCCAGUAAUAAAAGGAAUAGUUUACCCAAAACUAAAAAAAAUUGUUGGUAUUAAUUCACCAUAGUGUUAUGCUAACCUGUUAAACUGUUGAUAGCUUUGUUGAAGAAUCUUCAUGAAGCUCUCUCCAUACAGAAACAGUUUAAAGUUUGUAAGAAGGACAGAAAUAAAAGCACCGGAAACUAGUCUUAUUUCAAGUCUUCUGAUGCCACAAGAGACACCUUUGUUGCUAUUUACUUUCCUUUUUUUUGUCCCUCCAGCGAGUGGUUAACUAAUGAGCAGUUUACCGAUUUAGUCAGCUGAAUUCAAGCACCGGAUCAUUUUACAAUGAUUCGUUUUUCGUCAGACUGAUUCGUUUAAGUUGCAGUCCUGAUGAUCCAGUUAAGGGAAAGUUCUCAGGACAACAGCUCACUGAUAGGAAAGUUUAUCAGUGAUAAAGGACUGACAGUUUGAUCUGUUGCCCACAUCGGAAGACUUGAAAUAUAAUAAACAAGACGUUUCAAGGACAGUAGGAUUCAUUCAAGUUUGGAACAGCACAAGGUGAGUAAAGAAUGAAUUGUCAUUUAGUGGUGAACUAUUCCUUGCAAAAAUGCCUUUCAGGUCUUCAUUGUUAUUGAAUGAAGAGGGGUGAUUUUUUUUUUUUCUAUGUAAUGUUAUAGUAACAUAUUGUGUAAAAAAAAAAACAAUAAUAAAAAAUAUUGUGCUGUUGGGUGAUAGUCAAUGUAACCAGUCAGUUUCUGUCAUGCGCAGGACCGGUGUUGAAUGGUGCCAAGCUUUACCCACCCAUUUAGUGAUUUUAUGUGUCAGGGCACAUCCCUCCCUUAAAACCUGUUAUUUGUUUCAUGUGUGUGCUGGCCCUGGCUUUAAUAAUGAUUUUGUUUAAAGCAAUGUAAGUGGUAUUGAUGUUUUUUAUGUUGAGUGCUCUGAUGGGGUUUCUGCAGUGGUGUGGGUUGUAAUGUAUUUUACAUUUAAAAAAAAAAAAAAAAAAAAAAAAGGUACAGUGUUAAAUCACACUGCAUGCAACGGUUUUGCAGAGAUGCCCAAAACUGAGUAUUAAGUGACCACUAGGCAGCUUCAUUGUUGGUACAGAAGUGUGGAAACCCUCAUCAUAAGCAUGACCUAUUUUUCUCAAAUUUAUGUAUGUCGUGAGUAGCACUAGUGCUUGUUUAUUGAGGUGCAGGGAAAGUGUUCAUAUGUGCAGAUAAAAUAAAAAAGAAAUGAAAAAGUGCAA